AGAGAGUCUUCCAUUUUUUUCUCCUUCUCUUGUUGUCUUUUUUUCCUCCUCGUCCGACACAGGGCCCCUGCGAGCAAGGAGACCAGAGUCAUUGCCGGGCGCCGUCUCGCCCAUCUCGCCCUUGUCUUCUUGUCUUUUUUCUUCCUUUUGAAUCUCUUUGUUUCCAACUUUUUCUUACUCACCGGUUUCUUCGCUUUUGUCUCCCCUCAUUUCGUCUCUCCUUUCUCUGUCUUUGUUGGACUUCGAUCCUCCGUCUUCUUUCCGGACUCUCCGUUGUUCUCGCCGCCCUCACUUCCCCUUUCAUACCUAUUCGUUUCGUCUCUCGUGUGCUUUCUUUCUCCUUCUCUUUCCUUCCCUUUCUACCUCCUUCCCUCUCACUCUCUUUCCACCUCCUUCUUACGCCUUGCAUCUCGUUCUUUUCCUGUCAAUUCUCCUCACCUUUCUCUUCCGUCUCUUGCUCCUCGUCGCCUUCGCCUCUCUCGUCUUCGCCGCCGCCUUCUUCCCUUCUUCUGUUUUUCUUCUCUUUGCUCACUGUGUCUCUUCCCUCUCUCUUGUCCGUUUUUCUCUCUCUUCCGUCCUCCUCCACGUACGCCGGUUCUCCUCUCACCAUGGCAGGCUUCUCCUUGAGUCUGAAGAAGGCCUCAGCGCCGCCUAAUGCAGCCUCUUCUGCCUCGUCUGGAUCGUCGGGGUCUUCUUUCGCUGCUCCUGCUGCCUCAGCUUCUUCGGUGUCUGCGCUUUUCCAGGCUUCUCUGGAUGCGGAGGAGGAGGAGGCGAAGGCGGCUGAGAAAAAGGGCGUCAUGCAGUCUGUGCGUCUCGCCUCAGGACCGGACAGAAGGCACCAAGUCCAGCAACAGAAGGCCCUCGCUGAAGACUCCACGGUCUUCGCCUACGACGAGGUUUUCGAAAGGGUGAGCUCCGCCGUCACGAAGGAACGCGCGAAGAAGACGCCGAGAAUCUACCUUGGAUACAAGACAGGGCUGGAAGAGCUGCGCGACGCCGAACAGGGACAAACCGAGCCGCUCUCCAACGAUGGCCACAGUGCAGGCUGCGAAGGCGACGAGGCAGAGGCGCUUCCGGAGCCGGAAGCAGGCCUCUCUCCAACUCGCACGCGUCCGUCUGGAGACAAGUCGUUCGCCACUUACGGAGCGAAUCUGAACUGUGGGUUGAAUCUGGCAAGCCAGAGAGGAGUCGAAGGAGCGCUUUCAGCGCGAGAAAGGCGCGAGAAGGCGAGUGGCUUGGGAGAGGAAAGGGAAACUCCGAGUCUGCCUGCCUCGCGCUUCAUCUCCAAGUUGGUUGUGAGUGCCCGGAGGCGCGCCCUGGAGCGUGAAAUCGCAGAAGAGCGGCAGCUACAAAAGGAGCGAGCGGGGGACAAGAACGACGAAGUUUUCGUCACUUCUGCAUACAAGCAGCGACUGGAAGAGCGGCGCCUUCUGGCUCUCGAACUCGAAGAGCAGGAGCGGCGAGACCGGGAGAAUGCUCCCGAUAAACAGAGCGACUUGUCCUCUUUCCACGCCCACCUCCUGCGCUCGGGUCACGCCAGUCGGAGCGGCGGAGGCGAGCGAACUCCGAAUAUAGGCCGAGCCACACCCCCUCGCGGGAGAGGAAGCGAGGACGGAGUGGUGGCGCAGGGCGUCGGAGAGCAUGUCAAGCAGGAGGUGAAGAGGGAGAGGACGGAUGACCGGGGAGACCCGGAAGGGCAGGGCCUCAGGGACGCUGCGGUGCGAGGAGUUUGUGUGGGCGAGACGGAGCCGGAGAGAGAAGCAGACCUCGGCGAGAAGAAGAGACGUCUUCUGCAGGGGUCGGCGGCGACAGAGGAGGAAACCAGCAGUGGAAGCAGAGGACGCGGGAUGGAGGAGACGGCGGGCGGAGGCCCAGAGCGGAGAGAGGGGCAAGACGGCUCAAGAGCUGCGGAGACAGAAGAGGACGAAAAACAGAGUAGAGCGCGCCUGGAGGACCUGCUGCAACAGAAGAAAAGAGAAAAGCAACGCAAACUCGAGCAGGCAGCCGCGCCUCUAGGCGAGGACAAGCUCUCGGAAGCGAAACGCCGAUACCUUGAAAGAAAGCGGAAAGCAGCCGGUGGGGGCUGAGCGUUUGGCGACUGGCUUCAGUGAUGGGGUGUCUACAUCCCCUAGUGCCUACAUUAGAUUGCUUUUAAGGCUCUGAAUCUUCUCGUGUUCUUUGCCCAGACACACACUCAAAAUUUUCUACAUCCCGCGCAUCGCACCACGUACGGCCUGACCUCGUACGCCUCCAGCCAUUGUACCUAUGCAGUCUACUACAGUGUGGCGGAACAAAGUAGGCAGCGAAACGCGCUUUCCUUGCGUGAAUCACGCACCCUUUCCCAACCGAGCAGAUUCGAGUGCUCACGUUUCCCCUAGGCCCCCGCAUUGUCUCUCGCGCAAAACGAGUGUGAGCUCGUCUCCUCUUCUCCAGUCAGAAUUGUGGCGGAAGAAGUCUCGAGAAGAAAAGGCAAUUGGCUGUCAUCUAGAGCAGUGUAGACAUCGCUAAUGGAAACAGGAGAACACCAGUGCACACCAGGUGGGACUCGAACCCACAACCUUAGCCUUAGGAGGGCUACGCGCUAUCCAUUGCGCCACUGGUGCUGCGCCGCACGUCUGCACCUUGCGGUUAUGCGUUGCCGGGUUUGCUCCCUUUGUUUCUCAUUUUCAUGAAUGGUACGUGAGCUCUCAAUGAAGUGGGUGCUGUUUCGGUGGCAACUGGCCAAUCGUUUCGCGUCGCUCAAGAUGUUCUGGAGCAUCAAUCCGGAAGCUCUCGGGAGCCGUGCCUCCGUUACCGAGCCCGGUGAACGGGGAAAGUGAUCUUUGGCACUUCGGGGUCCUCGCAACUGGAUCCUGUGGUCUCGCGGUCCGUCUCGUUCAGUGCUAGAAUGCUGACGUAGUCUCGUUUUCUCGCGACUGAGUAAGUUCGCGCAAUGCAUUUUGCAACUGGUGCGUUCAUCCCGUUACGGUCACGCCCAAUCGAACGGUUCCACAGCGUGGUGGCCAGUAUCGAGCGUUUCCCGGUGGGAUGUUAUGAGACUCGUUCUCUUCGGGUUUUCCGAUAUCUCGGAUGUCUGCGAACAGUACGGUGGUUAUCCGAACCACUUUUCUUGUGACGAGCUAAUGUGAACAGACCAGCCCG